CUCCUGACACCUACAAACAGCAGACCUUCAGGCUUUUAGUUUGAUUUAUCUGGUGUUUGGUGCUGUUAAAUAGCCGAGGUGAUCACCAGCAGCUCGCUGUAGAUGAUUCUGGUUUCCUGAAUGUGUCCAGAGGUUGCAGCAGCUUCACCACAAACUCAGCAGGAGGAGCCGUGCCUUCUAAAAUAACCAGAGAUUUGGUACGCGCUAUCGAAAAUGAUGGAUGGAAGGUUACUUUUUGGAGCCAGAUUGAUUUAUUUCUCCCUGGCAGGAACACCGAGGCGCUCCAGUUGCACAAUAUUGGAUGCUAGACAGUAGCAGAGAUCUCAGAUGGACCUGGGGUUACUGGAGGUCACGCUGUCAGACCUAAAGACUGAUGGAGGAGUUUAAUCCUGCCGCUGUCAUGAAGACGGAUCAGAUGUAAACACACUCGCACUCAUUCACACAUUUAGAUAGAAGCUUGAUUUCCCUUCAUAUGUCUGCUUUUGCUCUUUGUCUAUUCCGGCUCCUAACUCUCUCCCAAACAGUCUAAAAGUCCACCUCGACGUUGGACUGACAGCAGCAGGUUGUGGGCAGGCUGAGGGGUGAUGUGACUCACGUCCAGCUCAUUUAUCUGCAGCCUGCUGUGGUGUGUGUGACUGAGUUUCACUCCAACUCACUCUGAGCUCCUCAAACAAACACUCCUUCUCCUGUAUAAACACUCAGAGCAGAAACGCUCAUGUUAUGUUAUAUUACUGACGCUGUAAGAUACCGGAAAACCUCUGGCUGCCGCAACUGUGACACAAUCACACGCGAAGACCAAAGAAACACUGAUUUGUUUGGGUUUUUUGGACAUGUUUUUGUCUUUGUGUGUCCUUUAUUGGUUGUGUUGGUAUUUCUAUGGUCAUUUUGUGUUCUUUGUGGAUGUUUUGUGUAUCUUUGUGGUAGUUUUAUGACUUUUUUGGGAUAUUUUCUUUCCAUUUGUGAAUGUUUUGUGUGUCUUUGUGGUUUGUUGUGUCACUUUUUAGUAGUUCUGUGUCUCUUUGUGGUACUUUUGUGUCUCUUUGUGAUAGUUUUAUGUCUCUUUGUGUUUAUUUUUGUCCUUUCUUAGUUGUUUUGGCAUUUUUAUGGUCAUUUUGUGUCUCUUUGUGGUAGUUUUGUAUCUCUUAUGUUGCUUUUUUCUUUUCUUUUAUUGGUUGUUUUAGUAUUUUCAUGGUCAUUUUGUGUUUCUUUGUGGUUGUUUGGUCUCUAUGUGUUGGCUUUGCACAUUUUUCGUGUCUUUGUGGUGGUUUUAUGUCUCUUUAAUAGUUCUGUGUCUCUUUGUGGUAGUUUUGUGUCUCUUUGUGAUAUUUUUGUGUCUCUUUGUGUUUCUUUUUGUCCUUUCUUAGUUGUUUUGGCAUUUUUAUGGUCAUUUUGUGUCUCUUAGUGGUAGUUUUAUGUCUCUUUAUGUUGCUUUUUCUUUUCUUUUAUUGGUUGUUUUAGUAUUUUCAUGGUCAUUUUGUGUUUCUUUGUGGUUGUUUGGUCUCUAUGUGUUGGCUUUGCACAUUUUGUGUGUCUUUGUGGUGGUUUUAUGUCUCUUUUUAAUAGUUCUGCAUCUCUUUGUGGUUGUUUUAUGUGUCUUUGUGUUGGUUUUGUGUUUCUUUAUGUUGCCUUUUGUCCUUUCUUGGUUGUUUUGCUGUUUUUAUGGUCAUUUUGUGAAUGUUUGGUCUCUUAGUGGUGGUUUUAUGUCUAUUUUUUGGAUGUUUUCUGUCCAUUUGUGAUUGUUUUGUGUGUCUUUGUGGUAGUUUUAUGUCUCCUUGUGUUAGUAUUUCUCAUUUAUCGGUUGUUUUGGCAUUUUUACGGUCAUUUUCUUCAUGGUAGUUUGGUCUGUUGGUGGUUGCUUUGUGUCUCUGCGUUUGGAUUUAGUGUCUUUUAUGGUCAUUUUGCAUCUCUUUGUGGUUGUUUUGUCCCUCUUCAUGUUGCCGUUGUGUCUAUUUGUGUUGAUUUCACAUUUGUAGCUCUUUUUGUUGCGCACAGACAGGAGUAAAUCUUGACACAUUAGUCUGAAAUAUGUAGUUUCAUUUGGUCUAUUCUCAAGAAUUUCCAAAAAUAUCUGUGACAGUGUUUCUCACUGCUUGGAGAUUCACACAAAAUAGUUCCUUUUUUUUAUUUCAGUGUUGGUUUUUGUCCUUUUCUUUCAAUAUGACACAACAAAAGUCAAGAGCUGCAGAAUUUCAUGGCAGAAUCAAUUCAUUCCAUUAGACUGACGGUGAUCAGUGGGCUCACAGGUGUAGAGUAGAUCAGUAACAGGAGUGUUGCCAGCUCACGCUCAGGGCAUCGCUCUCACGCUGCCCAAACUAAUCCCACAUCAAACUGGAGGAAGCCUCAGAGCCUCCACAGGAAAAACUACAGUCAUAGGCCUGUAGGUUAAAUGGGGUUUUUCGCUGCACCCAAGACAAAGUUUGAGGCUUUUUUCCACAUUUCAGCACCAAGAUGGGUCCAAGAACACUGCUGAGAGCGCCGGAGAAAGUUUGAAGAGAAAGUUGCUUUAAUUGACGGAGGCACACGAGCCUCUCCAGAAUCACACUUUUCUACACUUCAGACCAAGCUGGCACAUCCAGUCACAGUUUAUAAGCUGCUGUCGGCUGAGCCUUGGCUCCAUCGCCGCUUUAUUUAACGUCUAAAAAUGUGGAGUUUCGUCUGUGCGAUCAGGUCUAUUGUUAGCUGCAUUUUUCAGUUUUGCUUCUUUAAAUUCAAAGUCUCAGCACAGACAGGAAGUGGAAUUUCUAAACACUAAAGCAAAAAGCAAAAUAUAGUAAUUUGGAUACAGAAUGACAUUAAAAGAAACAUUUGCUAUACGUUUACUCAAACUGUCAACAUCUCAAAGAAGUGUUUUGUGUUCCUUUGUGGAUGUUUGGUCUGUAUCUUUGUGGUGGUUUUAUGUCUCUUUUUGGAUGUUUUCUGUCCAUUUGUGGUUGUUUGUUGUGUCUUUUUUUUGUUUGUUUUGUGUCUCUGUGUUGCACUGAACCAGUUUAGUUUUAAAUUUUUUAUUUUUUGCCUUUUUAUUGUGAUAGUCACAGUGAAGAGUGACAGGAAAUGGGGAGAAGAGUAGGGGGAAGACAUGCAGCAAAGGGCCGCGGGCUGGACUCGAACCCGGGCCGCUGCGUCAGAGAACAGCCCCUGUACAUGGGUCGCCUGCUUAACCUGAUGAGCUAUACGGGCGCCAAACCAGUUAGUUUUAAAACCGAAAAACUGCUGCGAUGUGGUGAUGACUAGAUUAGAGUAGCCGGUUAAAAAGCUAAAAUGAAGAAUUUCUCGCAAAAGCUAGGAAGAGGUGUUCAUGUAAUGCACAACGUUCAAAAAAUGGUGUGUUUUUUGAACAUUAAAGGAUGGAAACAUAUUCUAGUAGAGCCCAAAAUUAUCAUUUUAACCAAUAAAUGCGCACAAUAGGGGCUCUUUAACUCCCCACUCACUACAAACUACAAACCAGUUUAGUUUUAAACAGAAAACCGCUGCAAUGUGGCGACGGUUGGAGGCUGGACACAAAUGGAUAGAAGCUCAGAGUAGAUAACUAAAACACAAACUAGUUCAUUUUAACCUCACUCUUUUCUAAUAUGUACUUAACCUCUAAAUAAUUACACUUUUUGUGCUUUAAUCACCCGACUGAACACAUGCAGUCUGAUUUCUAUCUCCUUUCAUCCUUCAAUGAAGUCCAAAAACUUCCUGGAUUCACUGAAAUCCACAUGAACACCAGCGUCCAUCUCCUCCUCCGGACACGUGCGCGCUCGCCCUCCCUGACGCAUACUUUCACAGCACACACACUGACACACUCUAAUUUAUCCUGACACACAGAUGGCCCCUGCUUCGACCACAAAUGUAGAGUAACCCCUGCUCCCUGCGGUGCGUCCAGGCCUCAGACUGCCAGUAAAAGCCGGGGAUGCUUCAUGGCUCAACAAUUCGCUGGCUAAAUGGAAAGGGUUUGGUGUGUGACCUCAAACACUCUCCUUUCUGUCUCCCUUUUCUCUAUCUCACUUCUUUUUUCCCUCCUUUUCAUUUUGUCCACUCCAGAUUUUGCUGCCAGUCUUCUAAUCUGAUUUUUCUCUUGGCCUCUCUCUUACGAGUCUUUAACUUUCGGGGCGGUGAGUGCUCAGAUCUUUAUUUAUUAGUCGCUCCCUCUUUUUCUUUUCCCCUCUCCCUCUGAUUUUUCAUGAAUUAUUUUGUGGCGACCGAAUGCGAUGUCUACAAAAGAGAGUCGAGUUAUAUUCUAGUAUCCAGAGAGGGAUAAAGGGUAAUCUUAGCUGCUUUUUAGCCCAUUUUUCUUCCUCUCUGGCUGCAAAAAAGUCCAGAGUAGAGUUUCACCACUCUUUCUUUAGGGAAGGUGUACUUUAUAUCUUAGUUUUAUGGGCAUUUUGAAGCGUCGCAUUAGAAAAAGCUCAGAAAAAAGAGCUUUUGUGGACGCUGCUAACCACACUACUGAGUGAAAAAGACUUUCACUACUGAAAAGUUAUUUGAUUCAGAAGACAGCGUCAUUAUCACCAUGCUGUAGAUAAACUAGUAAAGCCACUACUUGUAGCAGUGAUGCUGUUUAGCUGCUAGGUAUUUAGCUGCUGGGCAUUUAGCGGCUAGGUAUUUAGCUUUCUUCAAUCGCUAGUUGCUACCUUGGUCCAUGUGCUGUUUAGUGCCAGUUAUAAACAACAUUUCACUAAAGAUGGCUGUCUGUAGUGGCUAAAAAUGCCUUAAAGAACACCUUUAUGAUAAUUUGAUCCAUUCUUAAUGCUAAAAUAUUUACUUGUGCAGCUUGAAAUUUUUACCAUUUUCCACUUUUUAGCUAGUCUGACUGAUUAAAUAUAGACUGAGGGUAUAAACCUGCUAUUAGCUGCCUAUUUUAGCCCGUUUUCUUAUCUGUUUCUGGUAUAUACAUGUGGUCGUUUUCAAAAUAUGCUUCACUACAGGAAAAAACGAUCAACGGUCUCCAAGAUAGCAGCCACUGGCACUGAAAAAUUCAAGUUUUUAGGCAUUUUAAUCGUGCAAUAAGGCGGCUUUGCUAGUAUUUUUUUUGGUGGUUUAUAUGAUUUAUAGGCAAAUUCCCUCUGUUUUAGCAUAACAUCAAAAUCACAUUGAACUGUAUUUGGUUUAUAGAAAUACAAACAAGCCAAAAAUGUUUUUUCCCCGCCUUUAGCAGAAUAAUACUGAGGUGCAGUCAGACUAUUCUACAGUAUAUUCUGUAGAAUGGUCUGACCAAUACUGGUGAUGCAGCACAUAUUUCCAGCUAAAAAAUAAAAUCUGCACGGUGUCCAGUACAAGUUUUCCUUGUUUCAAAGAAGCCAGUGUUUCCAUAAUGUAUAUAUUUAUGCACAUUUUUUAAGUUUUGCAUCAGAACACUUUAGCGGAAAUGGAAAAAAAUUCAGAGUUUUGCCGCAAAAGUUUCAGUGAGGAGUUUAUUUGCUUCAAUGGAGAUGGAAACGCUAUUUUUAAUAACUUCUGAUGCUACAGAUCCAGAUGUUUUGACUUCUUUUAUUUGACAGCAUGAAACAUUUCCAAUAGAAGCUGAAAUGAAAGAAUAAUUACAAUUUUCCUGAUUAGAAACUUUCCAUUUGUUUCUCAUAGAUGCCCACGUUUUGUUUAUAUCUUAUUUUUAUUUGAGCAGUUUGGAAAACAACUGGUUUAUUUCCAGCUGCUUCUUCUGUUCAUUGCAUCCAUGUAGCCUAUAGCGCCACCUUCUGAUGACACGCCAAAGCUGGGAAUGGAAACCAAUUUGCAUUUUAUUUUUUUGAGACAUCUCAGAAAGUUUGCUUCGUAUUCGCUCGAUAAUCGUGUGAAAACGUAGCUAUUCUCUGGCUUUUUCUUAGCCUCUAGAUUUAGAUCUCCUCUUUUUCCCUCCAUGGAGGUGUGAUCCACCUCCCCUCCUGCCUGCGAGGUCAGGAGCAAAGUGAGGACACAGGAGGAAGGCAAACCUCAGCUCACAAAUAUGAGCACUAUGAAGAAAAAGUGUGCAUUUCAGUAUAGUGUGGUUCAGCGGGUUUAUUGGGUAACAGAUACGCUGAAAUCGAGUCCAAAAUUUGGUUUUGCCAAAAAGGUUUUAAUGGUAUUAGAGACAUUACUUCAUGGGGAAGUGGCUUCUAUCAUGAGUAGCAUGCAGAGAUUAAAAAAUCAGUGAUCAGAAAAUUGAAUAAUGACGUCUAUGCUUGUUCCAGAUGUGGUCGACGUACAUGUGAUCGCUGUCAGACACAAUUGCUGCUGCGGCGCAAAGCAGCAGAAUAAUAAGUAAGAAGAGCUGCACACAGAAACGCAACAUAAUAAAGAAUGAGUGAAAGGGCGCGAUCCCCCGGUCAGUGUUUGCUCAGAGCAAAAUAUCAGCUUGUGUUUAGUAAAAUAUGGGCCUGAAACUCCAUACGGUGUCGCUCUAAAGUGAGAAAACCUCAGGAGGUGUGAGUGAUCGCACAGCCAAUAUCAAACCCUUCAAGUUAAAGAAAGUCCGGCCAGGUGGAUUUGGGUGUGUAGCAGCGACGUGCACGCGGUCGUAAAAACAGAAAAGAGAGGAAAAAGAAAGGGUUUUCAGAUUGGAGAGGACAGGCAAGGAUCAGGGGUGCCGAGGGAAAGCGCCGGGGUUAACUUUCCUCUCAAGGGUGUCAAAAAAAAGGAACUAAAUUGGGUGUCAGAAACCGCUAAGGAGCUGAAAUAAGUCAGAGUCCCCGGCUCCCAUGUGGGUGGGUGCUCGCUUUAUACUUCUCAGACAAUGUCCCUUUAAAAAGCCCCACGUCUGGAAAGCCCAUUAGAUGUGCAUAUAAAAUUUCCCCCGUGAUUAAUAGUUGAUGAGGCAGGGUUGGUUGGAGGGUACUACCAACAUGUGGCCUGCAGGGCUCCUCCUCCUCCACAGGCUCACGUUACACUCCAUAAACUUGCCACUCUUUCCCACCUAUAUGUUUAAAAAGGAGGAGGGCUCGCUUGUCAAGAAUGCCUUAGAAGAGUUGUGAAAACAGCCAGCCGAGGAGGGGAGGCAUGCAGUUGCGGAUGCAGCUCUCCCACCAAGCCACAAGCCAGCCUGAAGCCGAGCGAGGCAGAGGGAAGAGAGAGGAGAGGCUCCGGAGGACGUCAGAGAGGGAAGGGAAGCUCGCCGUCCAUCCUCACGCGAUCCGGGCUGUGGAAGCCUCACAUGAAGAUGCGCAUUUAAGUGGAGACUCUUUGACAGAUUCAGAUUUCCGCUCCUGAUUCGUUCACCGAGGGGCUCAAACUCCUCGAACCAGAUUUGAGAAGCAGUGUGAUCUGCAGCAGCAUGGAUCAGCCGGCCAGCAGCUGCAUGCGGAGCGCCCACCCCAGCAGCCCGAUCUGGGGCUGCAUGAGGAGCCCUCACCCGGGGGCCAACCUCCAGUCGCCCUACCAGCAGGCCCCGUUCGCCCUGCACCAGAAGCCCGAGUUCCUGGCCUACACGGACUUCUCGGGCUCCUGCCUGGUGCCCAGCGCCCCCCACGCCGCCUACCCCCGCGACGACAGACUCUACCACGACGGCCAGGGCGGCUACCAGAGGGCCGACUGGCAGUUCAACCCCUGUGAGACCCGGGUGAGGGCGCCCGAGGCCUGCCCGCCCGUCGCCCCGCCAGUGGUGGGGGGCAGUGGCGGGGACGGAGGGCCCGAGCUGGAUAGUGUUGGGGGGGACAGGCUGCCCGGCGCCGUGCCAGGCGGGUGUCUGGAGGGUGAAUACUCGCCGCAGAGCGUGGCGUCGGCCGACUCGGACAAGAAGAGCUCCAAUAAGAGGAAGAGGGACGUGACAGAUAUCCAGGAGUCCAGCUUUAAGGUGGAUUCCAGCUGUAAGGCCAGGAAGGAGCGCACGGCGUUCACCAAGGAGCAGCUGAGGGAGCUGGAGGCCGAGUUCACCCACCACAACUACCUGACCCGACUCCGCCGCUACGAGAUCGCCGUCAACCUGGACCUCACCGAGAGACAGGUCAAAGUUUGGUUCCAGAACCGGCGGAUGAAGUGGAAGAGGGUGAAGGGAGGACAGUCGGCUUCGCCCAACGACCUGGAAAACGACGACAUAGACUCAGCUGCCUCUCCCAGCUCUGAAUGACGGAGGACUGUACAGGAAGAGAAAGAUGCGACUGUUCAGUCGGACGUCACACCGGACGCUGAUGAAACCUUAUGUUCGUGGAAAGUUGGAACCAAAUAAUUCAGGAGACUCCCAGGAAUUAAAAAUCGUCCUUUUGCUGUUUUUCUGUUGUAAAUAGUCAAUUUCUGUCCAUAACGAACUGCAGUUUUGAUCAGUACUCAGCUUGAGAGGCCUCCACUGUUUGAAUAUUCCAGAUUAAAGAUGUAGGUUAGCGAUAAGCGGCGGCAGCGAUGACAUGUCGGGCCGUGAUGUGAUUGUGUUUGAGUGCAUCCCUUUUGGUUUCUAAUAAUGUAAUCAUGGCCUCUGACGCUUGACUACAACCACCUGGGAAAACUCAGACUGCACGACUGUUGCCAAGCCAUAAGUGCCUCCGUUUUUUUUUUUUUGUCAGUUUCUUUUCCCUCGAAUAUAAUUUUUUCUGCCUUUUUGUUUUUUUACUACUCUUUUUUUAUACUAUUUGAAUGUUAUUGAUAAAACACAGAUGUUGACUGUUUCUGCAAAUAGAAUAAAUCAUCUUCUGCA